AUAACAACAUAUCACAUUCCGCCACGUGUCUCCACUCCAUUCCCACCUAGCCAUUUUAAACACCACCAUUCUCCUCCACAAUGCAUCACUGACCGGCCAAAGAUAUGGGGGAUAACGUGCUGAACACGCCACCCUUUUACACUACCAAGGAUGCCGAGACCGGCAGCCUAAGCAGGAGGCUGUUCCGGAGCUAUGAUGUAAUGCAUGUGGCCUUGCGACUUGUUUGCUUAUCAGCAUCAUUAGCUUCAGUCGUCGUGAUGAUCACCGCGAAAGAGAAAUCAACCAUGUCGCUCUACGGGUUUGAUAUCCCAGUCUACUCCAAAUGGUCCUUCUCGGAUUCCUUCGACUAUUUGGUGGGAGUAUCGGCAGCUGCAGGAGUUCACUCUCUACUUCAACUGCUAAUGACAUCAAGAAUGCUGCUAAGGAAGUCUUCCAUUAUUUCUUCCAAGAAACAUGCAUGGCUUCUUUUUGCUAGUGAUCAGGUUUUUGCGUAUGCGAUGAUGAGUUGUGGAUCAGCUGCAUCAGGCGUUACUAAUCUGAACCGUACAGGGAUCAAACACUCAUCUCUACCAAAUUUCUGUAAGCCGUUGCAUAGUUUUUGUGACCGUGUGGCAGUUUCUAUAGCGUUUGCGUUCUUUGGCUGCUUCUUGCUUGCGAUGUCAUCGGUUCUUGAUGUGGUUUGGCUAUCCGCGUACUGAAGGUUUAUUGCCACCAUGCCAUGUCCAUACCUGCUCUAGAAUGAUUUUAUGGAAUGUUAUUUGUGGCCUUAGAUGAUAUCUUUGAACUUCAUUUUGUAACUUUUCAAAAGAAAUAUGAGAAAAAAUGUCGCUAGAGAGUUUGCUGAA